UGCAAGCCCUCCCCUGUAUCGCUGCACCUGUGCCUGUAUCACCCUACCUGCUCAACCUGCCCUCUCCACUUCCCAGAGGGCACGCCUCCUUCCCCCAACCCCCACUGCUCUUGUUGGCGGAACUACCUGACUUCCUAUCGGGGCCAGUUCCUUGUACAAACAACCAAAAACUCUGAGAAGGAAACACUCUCUACAAAUGGGAUGAAAAUUUAAUCUUGCAGUUAACUGUUACCGUUUUGGUUGUGUUGAGACUACAAACAUCAAGGCGUUGCCAUCUCUCAGUUUGAGAGGUGUCCCCAGAUUUUAAUCCAGGCUGCCAAGGACCUACUGAAUGGGCAAAACAUGGGGUCAGAUGAAGCUUAUAAUUUCGUGUUCAAGGUGGUUCUGAUUGGCGAGUCUGGUGUGGGUAAAAGUAAUCUGCUGUCACGCUUCACGAAAAACGAGUUCAACCACGACAGCCGCACCACCAUCGGAGUGGAGUUCAGCACCAGGACCGUGCAGCUGAACGGCCUGACCAUCAAGGCCCAGAUCUGGGACACAGCGGGCCUGGAGCGCUACAGGGCCAUCACCUCAGCGUAUUACAGGGGUGCCGUGGGAGCCCUGUUGGUGUAUGACAUUUCAAAGCACCUUACCUAUGAGAGUGCCUCUCGGUGGUUAAAGGAACUGUAUGACCAUGCUGACCCGCAUAUCGUUGUCAUGCUGGUAGGAAACAAGUCAGACCUGGCCUCUGUGCGGGCGGUUCCCACCGAGGAUGCCAAGAACUUUGCAGAACAGAAUGGUCUAUUGUUUAUGGAGACCUCUGCGUUGGAGUCCACCAAUGUUGAGAUGGCAUUCAAUAAUGUUCUUUCUGAGAUCCACAAGAAAGUGUCCAGCAAAGAAGUGACCAGAGGCUCGAUCAGUGCCGUCUCUCUGUCCAGUCCAAAUGCUCUCUCAACAAAUGCUGAGGAGAAGAAACCGUGUUGCAAGAAUGUUUGAAUGUGUGCAUGCACUUUGCUUUUUUUAAGAAGAGUUCCAGAAUUUCUGCCGAAAAGUCUUGUUCUUUUGUUCUGUCACAAACAAAACCGCCUGAAUUAUAGGACUACAAAUCUUUUUUCAAUCAUUUUAAAACAUGUUGAAAAUGAAAAUAAAUAAGUGCUCUUGAAAUAUACAGUAGCUGAUCAAAGUUAAAGACAGAGACUAAUAGUAUUUGUUGUUAUGAGGCAGAAGUAAGUCAGUCAGUACAGUUGUUUCAGCCUAUGUGAUCCAGAUUUUUUACCAAUAUGCAGAAUUUACCUGUAACCAAAUUGACAUUCAAAUUCAGUUGAUUUCACUCAACAGCCCUAAGUUGUUAACUAAAUUAUUGUUGUCAUGUGUAAUUUUGCAUUAAGACCCAUGUAUUUAUGGUGAUACUUUUGUACCUAUCAUUAAAGGAAAGCUGUAUUGUAUGAUAUUCAUGCAAAUAAUAAAUAUAACACUAUUA